AUGGAUUACCACAUGGAUUAUACUCCCAAUGAGGUAAUUAAUCAAGAAAGGAAAUACUUUGUUGACAAAUAUGUUGAUAGAAAAAUAUUAAGGAAUAAAAAAUCAUUGUUAGUUAUUGCUUCAUUAUCAAUACUUUCAAUUGUUAGUUUUGUUUUAUUUUAUUUUUCUCCAAAUGGUAGUAAAACUGAUUUAUUCAAAAACUCAUCAGUUGAAAACAAUAAUGAUGACUACAUAAUAAAUAGCUUGUUAAAAAGCCCAAAUGGUAAAAAAUUUAUUGUCUCCAAAAUUGAUGAAGCCCUAUCAUUCUAUGAUAAUAAAAUGAAAGAUGUAAGAAAAAUUAAUAACAAUAAUACUUCAUCCGACUUUAAAGGCCUUAGCUUAUUUAAAGAAAAUACAGCAGCAAAUAAUGUUAUUUUUAAUAAAGAUUAUUUUAUAAAUUUUUUUGAUAAUAAAUUCUUAAUGAAUAAUUCAGAUCAUAUAAACCAAUUUUAUAUGUUCAUAAAAACUAAUAACAAACAAUAUAAUUCUCCAGAUGAAAUGAAAGAAAGAUUUCAAGUAUUCUUACAAAAUGCAAACAAAGUAAAUAUGCAUAACAAUAAUAAAAACAGUUUAUAUAAAAAAGAAUUAAAUAGAUUUGCUGAUUUAACGUAUCAUGAAUUUAAAAGUAAAUAUCUUAGCUUAAGACCUUCGAAACCUUUAAAGGGUUCUAAAUAUUUAUUAGAUAUAAUGAAUUAUGAAGAAGUUAUAAAAAAAUAUAGAGGAGAUGAAAAUUUCGACCAUUCUGCUUAUGAUUGGAGAUUACACAGUGGUGUAACACCUGUAAAGGACCAAAAAA